UGCGGCAGGGUCGUAAGGGUCCCGCGCAGGCGCGCUGGGCGUGCUGGUGGAGGAGGCCGUGGGGGCCGGUGGAGGCCAUGGCGCUGUACGGGGCGGCGGCGGCCGUGCUGGCCGGGAUGGAGGCCCGACAGGCUUCCCUCAAGAGCCUCGUCUACGGCAGCCGCUUCCAGAACGUGAAGCAGCUGUACGCGCUGGUGUGCGAGACACAGCGGUACUCGGCGGUGCUGGACUCCAUCAUCGACAGCGCGGGGCUCCUCAAGGCUGAGAAGAAACUGCGUCCCCACCUUGCCAAGGUGCUGGUGUACGACCUACUGCUGGGCCGGGGGCUGCGGGGCGGAGGCCGCUGGAAGCCAGUGCUGGCUCGGCACCGGGCACGGCUGCAGGCGGAGCUGGCCCGCCUCAAGGUGCGCCGCCGAGUCAGCCGCAACGAGGACCUUCUGGAGCCCGCGAGCGGAGCCCGCCCCGCAUCCAAGGUGCCGCGCUACGUGCGGGUGAACACGCUCAAGACCUGUCCGGGGGACGCCGUCGACUACUUCAAGCGCCAGGGCUUCUCCUACCAAGGUCGGGCUUCCAGUCCGGAGGAGCUGCAGGCGCUGGAGGGCAAGCGUUUCUUCCUGGACCCGCUGCUGCCCGAGCUGCUGGUGUUCCCCGCCGGCACGGAUCUGCACGAGAACCCGUUCUACCGGGCCGGGCACCUCAUCCUGCAAGACAAGGCCAGCUGCCUCCCGGCCAUGCUGCUCGCCCCGCCCCCCGGCUCCCACGUCAUCGACGCCUGUGCCGCGCCGGGCAACAAGACCAGCCACUUGGCCGCCCUCCUGAAGAACCAGGGCAAGAUCUUCGCCUUCGACCUGGACGCGGGGCGCCUGGCGUCCAUGGCCACGCUGCUGACCCGGGCUGGCGUGUCGUGCUGCGAGCUGGCCAACGAGGACUUCCUGUCGGUGCCGCCCACGGAUCCCCGCUACGGCCGCGUCCAGUACAUCCUGCUGGAUCCCUCCUGCAGCGGCUCCGGUAUGGUGUCGAGGCGGCUGGAGGAGCCAGAGGCUGAUGGUCCCAGCCCAGAGCGCCUCCGGGCCCUUGCCGCCUUCCAGCUCAAAGCCCUGCGCCAUGCACUGAGCUUUCCCGCUCUCCAACGGCUUGUCUACUCCACCUGCUCUGUGUGCCAGGAGGAGAACGAGGACGUGGUGUGGGCCGCCCUGCAGCAGAGCGCCGGGACCUUCCGGUUGGCCGAGGCGCUGCCGGCGUGGCCUCACCGCGGCCUGGACACAUUCCCUGAUGCCGCCCGCUGCAUCCGGGCGUCCCCGGAGCUCACGCUAACGGGAGGCUUCUUCGUGGCCGUGCUGGAGCGGUGUGAGGGGAGAAGCUCCAGCCCAGCUCCGAAAGACCAGGCUGAGGGCCCUCCAGCCAACCCUCAGGGCACGAGGAAGAGGAAGAAGAGGAAGAAGCAGCAGCGGGAAGGUGGGGGCAGUGAGUAGCGGUGCGAGCUGGUCACGGCUCUGAGCUGUGACCGACAUCCAUGCGCUGGACUGGCCUGAGCGGCAGCUAGGAGAGGGAGGGAGCCCGCCCACCUCUCCCCCUACCUCGCCGUUACUUUCUCCUGCCUAGCGGCAGGAGGGCGCUGGGAGGCGAAAAGAAAGACAAGAACAAGAGCUGGGUGAUCACAGUUUGGUUUUUAUUUUUAAAUCAAGGACAGGAGAAGCAAAGCGGGAAAGAAUUGCACAGUCACACUAAGAUUUCCCACCAGGCAUCCAGGAAUGAUCCAAGUGUCGGGGAGCUGAAACCCAGCCCCCGGCCUCCCCGCCCCCACCUCCCGAACCACCGCCCGGCCUAGGAGGGGCAGAGACUAGCCGGCCCCGGCCCCCCCGCCUCCAAAACAAAAUCCCCGAGGGGGCUGGGCUGGCAGCAGCAGCAGCAUAAGAGAUGCACACUCACACCCACCCAUCCACCCACCCCUAAAUACCCACACACCCUGGGCCGUGACCCCCAGUGUCAA